AUGUCCUCAGAAUCUGAUUCAGAAUUCGUGGAUGUCAAUGGAAAAUACCUGCUCAUUUUUAUUACUGGUAGAUUGGCUGGUGAAGAAAGAAGCCAACAGCGCAACUGUAGCAUGAGCCUGGGAGACCAGGCAGCGUGUCACCACCGCAGUGCCUGGAACAAAGACAGCACACAGCAACGUCGAACGCAGUUCCGUGGCGAGUGCCAAAAGCCCAACAAGCAACCCAAGGUGAGGCAAAUCCAACAUGUGCGCAAUGCCAGUGGGACCUUGUUUGUGCACAGAGACAGUCCUGAAAAUAAUCCAGAUACUCCCUUUGAGUUUACACCUGAAAACCAGAAGCGAAUAGAAGCAAUCAUAAACAACUACCCAGAAGGGCACAAAUCUGCAGCUGUAAUGUCAAUACUAGAUCUGGCCCAAAGACAGCAUGGAUGGUUGCCCAUAUCAGCUAUGAACAAGGUUGCUGAAGUUUUAGAAAUGCCUCCCAUGAGAGUGUAUGAAGUAGCAACCUUUUAUACGAUGUAUAAUCGCAAACCUGUUGGGAAAUACCAUAUUCAGGUCUGCACUACCACGCCUUGCAUGCUGAGAGAUUCUGAUAGUAUUUUAGAAGCCAUUAAGAAGAAACUUGGUAUAAAAGUUGGGGAAACAACACCUGAUAAGCUCUUCACACUGAUAGAAGUAGAAUGUUUAGGUGCUUGUGUAAAUGCCCCAAUGGUGCAAAUAAAUGACAAUUAUUAUGAAGAUUUGACACCUAAAGAUAUUGAAGAGAUAAUUGAUGAACUAAAGGCUGGCAGAGUUCCCAAACCUGGUCCAAGGAGUGGACGUUUUUCUUGUGAGCCAGCUGGUGGCCUGACUUCGCUGACUGAACCACCCAAAGGACCAGGGUUUGGAGUUAGAGCUGACCUCUAAGGAUUUUUUUAAUAUGUGAUAAACUCUUAAAAUAAUAAAGUAAUUUAAAUCUCAGUAAAAUUA